CUUGGGUGGUUGCAUGGGACUGUGCCGUGCAGCCUUUAUAAGGCCACCCAACUCGUUCUCUUCACCACUAGUGUUUGAAGUUUGGUCAGUGAACUCAGUUAUAAGAAACAAAGAUGAAACUUCUCUUUCUUACCGUGAUUCUGUUGUAUUGUCACCACACUUUUGCCCUUGCUGGUGAACCAAAGCCUUUUGUCAAAUGUACAAGAAAAUGGGUUAAGAUUGGUUGCUUCCACGACUCACUCUCCCCCAGGCCUCUUCCMGAUUUACUCCUUAACGAUCGUGACGUGUACAGCCCUUCCAACGAUGGUCACGURCUUGACUGGCACAAAUGGGCGGAAUCUCAGCACAGUCUUGCCUGYCGAUGCGCAGAAAAGGCUCGUKCUAAAGGMUACAAGGUCUUUGGACUCCAGUUUUACGGMGAAUGCUGGGGAGGAGCUAAUGGAGAGGCCACAUUUAGUAAAGAUGGGCCUUCUGACAACUGUAUUCAGCAGCUCACCAAACCUUACGCAUGCGUCAAACAAGACCCUUUCUCUGAAUGUGUUGGCGGGGAGAGCACUAACUACAUCUACAGACUGGUUGACAACACACCUGAACCUCAAAGCCCUGACAUCGAUGGCGGCUACUCUAAAUGGUCUGAUUGGUCAGCCUGUAGCAAAACCUGUGGUAUUGGAGAAAAGAUUCGAGAAAGAACCUGUAACAAUCCAACCCCUAAAGGAAAUGGAAAACCGUGUGAAGAACUGGGGCCUGCUGUUGAGGUUGCGCAGUGUCGUCUUAUGGAAUGCGCAAGCCGGUGUGAGCGAGCAAUGGAUGUCGGGAUCGUUGUGGACUCAUCAUCGAGUGUACGUCGUGAGAACUUCAUUCAAGUCAAGAAAUUCCUGGUGAAACUUGUGCAAGAAUUUAGCGUUAGUAAAUCGAAGACCCAUGUUGGAGUUGUACGUUACAACCACUAUGCUAAACUCAUGUGGGAUUUUAGCAAAAUAGAAUAUUACUCUCCUGCAAGAUUAGCCGAGGCUAUUCUUGACAUUGAUUUCCAGCCAGGUGGAACCAGAACAGAUCUUGGUAUGGAAAUGGCCGGUGACUUGUUGUUUAAUGGUCCUGCUGCKAGACCAUCAGUACCUCAUCUCUUAUUGGUUCUCACUGAUGGAAGGACGAGCCCUAAAUCUAAGAAGUACGCSGAUGUUAUUAACAAAUUGAAGUCGCAAGUGGCUGACCUGAAGAUCAUUGCAGUUGGUGUUGGUCAAGUAUUCCAGAUAAAUGAGAAUAGGGAACUCGAACAGAUUGCAGACGGAAACAAAGMAAAUGUCUUUAAGUUGGACUCGUUCGUCGACCUCGUUAAACGUCURAAGGACAUUGUCAAGGUGUUCUGUCAGACACGCUUCUAGAGAGUUUCAGAUGCUGACUAGAUUAUCAAUUUGACGCGACGAACGAACAUAUAAAGUUAAAGGACACAUGRAUGGAGUAUGCAAAUCGUUGUCAAUGAUUUUAAUAAUAUUAUGUUUUAUUUUUCGUAGUUUGUUUGGAAUAAGAAAUUUUAUCAGCAGA